AAUUCAUGAAAGUAGUAGUACUUUUUGCAAAGUACCACUAGGCCUGUUAAUUCAAGAUUCAUUUUGAUAUUUGUUAAAUCCUGGUUUGAAGAAGUGUAUAAAGGAUUUGCCAAGUAUUAUUUUUUAGCAGGGACCUAUCUAAGGGCAACCAAAGAGAAUUUCAUUAGGAUUAUAAUGGGCUGCUUUUCAUGUUGCAUUCCACAUGAGAGAGAAGCCAGAAAAACAUUGAAAAGAAGCAGCAAGGACUACCGUAACCCCAAUAAUGCUGUAUGCCCAUUUACUAGCAUCUCCUUUAAAUCUGAUAGUAGCAAGCACAGAUACAUAAAUGAAGAAAUAAGUAAAAUGGGUAAAGAGAAUAAGUCUGCAAAGAUCUUCUCCUACCGAGAGCUAUGCGCUGCGACAACAAACUUCAAUUCUGAAAAUCUGCUGGGCGAAGGAGGCUUUGGGAGGGUAUACAAAGGGAAGCUUGAAAAUCAAGUUGUUGCCGUUAAGCAACUGGACAGGAAUGGUUUUCAAGGAAACAGAGAAUUUCUAGUAGAGGUUUUGAUGUUAAGCCUACUUAGUCAUCCAAACCUCGUCAAUUUGGUUGGAUAUUGUUCUGAUGGCGAUCAAAGAAUUUUAGUAUACGAGUACAUGGCCGGAGGCUCCCUGGAGGACCACCUUCUUGAUUUACCUCCAAAUAGUAAACCUUUAGAUUGGACAACCAGGAUGAAAAUUGCUGAAGGUGCAGCUAAAGGGCUUGAAUAUUUGCAUGAAACAGCCAAUCCCCCGGUGAUAUACCGUGAUUUCAAAGCAUCGAACGUACUUCUAGAUGAGGAUUUCAAUCCAAAACUCUCCGAUUUUGGCCUCGCCAAGCUUGGUCCAACUGGGGAUAAAUCUUAUGUCUCCACUAGAGUAAUGGGCACCUAUGGAUAUUGUGCACCUGAAUAUGCUUUAACAGGACAAUUGACAAGCAAAUCCGAUGUUUAUAGCUUCGGAGUCGUAUUAUUAGAGCUAAUCACAGGAUGGAGAGUCAUUGACGAUUCAAGACCAACAGAAGAACAGAAUUUAGUUGCUUGGGCAACACCUUUAUUCAAGGACAGAAAAAACUUCACAAUGAUGGCAGAUCCGUUGCUAAAAGGAAACUACCCCGUAAAGGGUCUUCACCAAGCAUUUGCAGUGGCAGCCAUGUGUCUUCAGGAAGAAGCAGCAAUGCGACCAUUGAUGAGUGAUGUGGUGACAGCUCUAGGGUUCUUAGCUAACAAAAGAGAGGUAGAAGAGAUGAUGGAAAGCGGUAUUCAUUAUGGCUCUGGAUAUACUAACAGAUAUAGUAUUUAAGACACAGAAAGCUUUAGCCAUAAUAACGGUGCUGAGGGGUAGCCAUUGAAGCAAGAAAAAAUGAAUUUUGAGCAUGACAUUUGAGAACUGUUUACUGGAAUUAUUUCAUGUUUCUGCCUACUUGUAUGUUAUUGUA